CUCUAGGACCUCCUGGGGGACACUGCUGGCCUCACAGGACCUCUCCAAGAAGCCAGGCCCCGAGGUGCAGGGGUGCUGGGCUCUCUCCUGUGCUGCCUGCCCCUGAAUGGGGUUGUGCAGGGGUUCAGGUGCUCCUGUGAGUGAGAAGCAGCUGACUGCAAGCCAGGAUGACUGGGUUUCCGGUUAACGCCAUGUCCUCCUCAGCCGUAGGCAAGGUACCACCAUGAAGCCCCCUUCCCCCGCCCCUCAAAUUUCCAAUGAAAGCUGCAGAGACACUGCAGAGCUGAAGUCCUUGGGAAUGGGGAGGUCAGUGGUGCCCAUUCCACUUGUGCCCCUGGCCUGAGGGACCGUCCAGGUCCCCAGGCCCACAGACCCCCUAGCCCCUGACUAGGGCACCCUGAGGAUCCUGGAUAGCAGGCUGGAAGUCCUAGGCCUUGUCUGGAUACACAGCAGUGCCCAGGCUAUGGGGAGCUUGAAGCCCAGGGGACUGGAAGGGCUGCUGUCCCCAAGUGCCUGUCAUCUCCCAGGGCAGUCAGGCCUCCUUUCCAGGCUCAGCCCUGCUCCUGUCCCUGCCCCUCAGAGGGUCCCCAAGUACCGGGUGUCAGGGUCUCAUACUGCCAGAGGGGAAGGGCUGCAGUCACGGCACUGGGGCAGCCCCACCCAGCCUCAUCUUCCUGCCGCCGCCUGUGCUGACUCACCACCUGAUCUCCUACCUGGCUGGGGCGGGGGCUCCUGCCCCAGAGCCCAGGCAGGCAUCAGAGGCAUCUAUAAAAGCACGCUGAUCCAGACCGCAGCAUCCUGCUUGGUUUGCCACCUGUCACCGCACAAUGCUGGGAGGUCUGGGGAAACUUGCUGCUGAGGGCCUGGCCCACCGCACUGAGAAGGCCACCGAGGAAGCUGUUCAUGCCGUUGAGGAGGUGGUGAAGGAGGUGGUGGAACACGCCAAGGAGGCCGGAGAGAAAGCCAUUGGCGAAGCCUUAAAGAAGGCCCACGAGGCAGGGGACAAAGCGGUGAAGGAAGUCACUGAGACGGUGACCAACACAGUCACAAGCGCUGUCACCCAUGCAGCGGAAGGCCUGGGCAAGCUGGGACAGUGAGCGCACCCGCCUCCAGCGGACUCUUCCUGAAUCUCAAUAAAAAGCUGUGAAAUGUG